AUGUCUUUGGUAGAUAUCAACAACCCGUUUAGGCCCCGUGUUGUAAACGAAAAGCCUGCAUCAUGGGCCACUCCAUACAACAUCCACUUCAACGUGGACAAAUCCCAGGGCAAUCUGCACGUCGGUGACUUGACGAAGGAGAGUGCGGAGCGGGUCUCGGAUCUUCUCACCUUGAAUCAUGCCAAAUUCCACACCAUGUUCAGCGAGGCUGGAUUGCAUAACCAUAUUGUGCAUCAUCUUUGCACUCUUUGGGCUCUCGGAGCAAGCCCUUCUGAGAUUCAGGCGGGGUACGACCACAACAAAUCGUAUCAACUUCCACAUUACCACCACCCUACGUCUGCGGCAAUGAAAUUGAGAGAUCCGGCCGUCUACAAGGAAAGUCUGGGGAAAAGCGAACACUACAUUGACUAUCUUCGAUACUUCCAAGACCAAAUCUCCGACAAGGGGACCGAGGAAGUCUUGAAACAAGCCCUUUUCAAAGGUGAUACGGAAGCGGAUGACUUGUUGGCAAGAAUGUUUUGCGACCUCCAGCACCCAUUGCUGCAUCUGGGAUUCGGCCUGGAAUUCAAGCAACCGUGUCUCGUAGCCGAAGCCCUUGCAGGAGCCGCUACCCACGACGAGUCUCCCAUGGGUAUAUUUGCCCCCAUCGAAAAGCACAUCGCCUCUCAGCCCAAAGCGCCAAGCACAUCAAUGAUGUCGGUCAUCAACGCGCUCAAAGCUGAUACGGAAAUCAGCAACGCCAUCAAGCCGGACGACCCAUUCGACCGCAUCCGGGGAGUCCUGAUCCCCAGGCUUGGCGUCAAGAUAGCCAAAUACCUGGCCAAGUGGCGCGUGGAACCCACCGAGGCCGACAUUGCACACCGAACUGCCGAGAUGAUGCAUGUCUCAACCUAUGUUCUUGGGGCAGCCCAGCAUCCGGGAAAGCAACCGAGACUCGACUUUGUCUACCUGCACAAUACGAACCUGGGUUUCUUCUAUUCGACCUUUAUGAAGCUCGAGUGGCUGAACUUGAAGCAAAAGGCAAGACUCUUGGAGUGGAAGGGCUGGACGGACCUAGCCACCUACGUGGUCAACGGAUGCCCUACACUCUAUCCUGAGCGCAUCAAAAACUACACGCCGCAACAGCCUGGGCCGUGGUCUAGCCUCAUUCCUCGCGCCAUCGUCCAUCUGGAUGACGGCCACGUCGCCAAAACCGUCCGGGCCGUCCUGAAUGCCAAAAACGUGUCUGCUACUUCUCCGUUGUAUCAGGGCACCCCGGACUUUCCAUUGACAGAAGAUGAUAUGCUGAACAUGGCGCAUCUGGUCCUUGACUCCGUGGAGGGCUCGUUAUCCCCGGAAUUGGAGCUUCCCGAGAAAGUGGUCAAGGUCUACGGCGAAUUUUUGGGUUUGGGUGAGGAUGUCCUCAAGUUGGUGGCAAGAUUUGUCAUGUGGAAUGGAGUCGAGGGCUCUUGGGUCGAUGUUCCGAACUUGAAAGAGGGAGCCAAGGCCUGA